UGAGCAGGUAAGAGGUUCUGCCCCUUUUUGUAUGGUGUUCAUUUGACAGAAUUUGAACAGCGUGCAUGAAGGCACGAGUCAAUGUGCGGCUGUCUGUGAAAGCACACUGGCUGAAUGGGAAGAUGUUGUGUAACCCUAUGCCUUGUUCUAGAUACUGGGUGUUGGGGAAAGCUGCUUUUGGUCCUCCUGCAUUGGGUAAGAAAGCAGAAAGUUCAUCCAAGCUCGUUUUGAAUCCCUUUUGCACAGCUCUUAAGAAGCGUGCUGCUGGGAAGCUGAAUGUGCCAGUGUAAGAAUGGCAGGUGUUAGCCACAGAACUGUGGCCCCAAGGUACAGCAAGAAAGAAGAAAGAAAAGCUACAAUGUAAUAGCUUGGUAGUUUGUAAACCUGGCUGCGAACAAUAAAUACACAAUAGGCACCAGGGAAGGAAAUCACUAACUUUAUUUCAUGUCUUUUAAGCGCUUUUUGCUGGUUGAUCUUGAUUUACUUGUACUGCUUCACUACCAGUGCAAUAGGCUGGAGUUUGGAAGUUACAGAGCUUUGUGGGGGAAGCAUUGGCAUUCAGAGCCCUGUAUCAGCAUUUGGGGCUGCAGGGCCGGACACUUAACUUGCACACUCACAGAAGUCAGAGGUGAGCCUUACCCCAAGGCAGUGAUGGGUGCUGGGAUGCCCUAAGCUGUGCUGCCCUGCAGCCCUCAGCAUCUGAAAGGAAUGAGGCGUUUAUUUUCUCGGCGUACAUCAGCUCAGUGCCAGCAGUCUCUUGAGAUUUUAUGCUCGCAGAGGCUGAAGUAGAACUUUAUGGCACUUCUGUGCUUGGCAUUUACAUCCUGUUUAUGUAAAUGCCUCAAACAGCUUGAUUUGUAAGAGAGAAAAACAAUUCUUGCUGUAUCUUUUUCUCUUUUGAAGUGUCCAUCCACUCUGGAAGAGAAGAACUUGUAUGGAAAUUAAGUAAUUUGUCUCUCUGUUUUUGUGAGGUUUAACUUUGUGUCUUUCCAACAGAUCCUGGUCGUGUCAUUACCAAACCCCAGACUGCAGUUUUAUGUGCUCGUUUUCCUGCUUGUGUCUUCAGAUUUUGCUUAAGACUGAUUGAAAGGAUAAGGCCAGGUUAGAGACGACUGCUAAGAACAUGCUUGAAGAGCUGUUAAUUCAUAAGCCGGAGGACCCCGUUCAGUUCAUGAUAGAGCAUUUAGAGCAGCACAAUGAUGAUGCUCCAAGGAUUUUCAUACUGGGUCCACCUGCUUCUGGCAAAACUACAAUGGCAAUACAGCUUUGUAAACAUUUGGAUGCCAUACGUAUCUCUCAGGAGACUUUGCUUUCCAAGGAAACAUUAGCUCUGACAAAGGAAGCAAAGGCAUAUAAAGAAAGAAAGCAGCAAAUUCCCAACGCGCUUUGGGCCAAUCUGAUCCGGGAACGUCUGUCAAACGUGGACUGCAUCAAACAAGGCUGGAUUUUGGAAGGCUUCCCUGAAAAUCAGGAGCAGGCACGGUUGCUGCAAUCAUCUGGCAUCAUUCCGAGGCACGUUGUUGUGCUCUAUGCUGCAGACACUAUGCUGAUUGAGCGGAACAGUGGGAAGAGGCUCGAUCCCCUCACAGAAGAGGUGUACCACACGACCUUUGACUGGCCAAGUGAUGUGCAGAUACAGCAACGUUUGGUGAAACCAGAUGUGACUGAGGAGGAGAUGUCAAAGCAGCUGCUGGAAUACCAUAGGAACUUCCCCGGGGUGUUCCACAUCUACCACAAAAUUCUGCGAUCGAUCAACGCAGACCAGCCUUGUGUGGAUGUCAUCUCACAAGCUCUUACCUACGUCCAAACCCAGCCCCGAUCAGCUGCCCCUUUUACUCCACGUAUUCUCUUUUGUGGCCCCCCAGGCAGUGGGAAGAGCCUGCAGGCAGCACUAAUAGCUCAGAAAUACGGCGUUGUCAACAUUUGCUGUGGGCAACUGCUAAAGGAAGCUGUUGCAGACAAGACAAAACUUGGAGAACUCGUUAAGCCUUAUAUUGACAAUGGAUACCCAGUCCCAGACAACAUGGUUAUGAAGAUCCUGGAGAGACGCCUGAAUGCACCAGACUGCAUGACCAAGGGCUGGGUGCUUCGUGGCUUCCCGAGGGACAUAGAGCAGGCAGAGAGGCUGCAAAAAGCAUGUAUUAUUCCAAACAGGGUAUUUUUCUUCAAUCUUCCCUACGAAUCCAUCAUUGAACGACUGUCUCAGCGGAGGAUUGAUCCAGUCACAGGGGAAAGAUACCACACAACACUCAGACCAGCACCCACUGCGAAGAUCCAAGCCCGCCUCAAGCAGAACCCCAAGGACAAGGAGGAGAACAUUGAGAAACGCGUGGACGUCUAUCACAGGAACGUCAGGGAUCUGCAGGAGUUUUAUGAAGACGCCUUUGACAUCAAUGCUGAUCAAGAUCCAUAUCCUAUCUUUGAGUUUAUAGAAAGCUGUAUCAUUAAGCCCCUUCCGUGCAAAAAAUUAAAUGCUUCUAAUUAAUUAAGGUUGAUUUCUUGGAUAGUUGGUUUCAAUUUUUCCUUGUAAUGCUUGCAAUCCAGUCACUGAUGUGGCACAUUCACAGGGGAACAGGAAUUCAACCAAGCAGUGUUAGAUCCAGAGCUCACCAAGGUGAAGUAAGAGAUAAGAGAUUGUGGUUUUGGGGAUUUUUGUUUUGCUUUUGUUUCGUGAUCCAAAUUAUGAAGGGUGGCAGCUAAGGAAGCUCCUGUCAGAUGUCCUUUCCUGACUCUGCAAUGGAGCAAUUAGCAGUUUUAUGUUAACCGUGUGAUAUCCAUACAUAACUUACAAUAUUAAAGCUACUAGAUGUUCUUU